AGCUGACCUCCACCUUGCAGAUUCGCACAGCACCCACACACCCAAGGGCAGGAAAGCAGUGGGGAUGGUGACUGCAGAUCUGUGCCGCACCACUCAUUUUUAUACAUGUACGUACUGCUUUGUCCCAUCACACCUGCCUAAGUUUUAGGAAUUUCUGAUGUGUGUGGAGGGCGGGGAAAGCUCUACAAUUGACCCCCUUUCAUCUGUCUACUGAACCCGUUCAUAGCCUCUUUAUAUGGCUGCUAUUUCUCUAAAGAGAAAUUUGUUUAUAACGUUAUGAUCAACCGUGACCACAGUCAUGUACAAAAGGAAAACACAGGCAGCUGUAUAGGACGUGAGGCUGUUGGGGGCACCUACAAUGACAUCUCUUCUUCUACAGCGAUGGAAAGUUGCAAUGGUGAGCCAAAGAGGUUUUGCCCAAAGCCUCCAACCCAUUCUCUAAACAGCUGCAAAUCUGGCCAAGGCAGAGACUAUUUCAACACCCUGAUCCAAGACCUGAACAGGAACAGUGCCACCAACAGUCUCCCCGUAUGCAAGCCACUCAUGGGCGCGUGUGACCUCAACACACCUAUCGCCAGCACCAUGGGGAACAUGAAAAUAAUCGAAGUUGCUUCAAAUGGCCACUAUGUUCGACUCUUAAAUAUUUCACUUGACACGGAAGAAGACAUUGGAAACUAUGUUCUGCAGCAGAAUAUUGGUGGCCACCCUGUAACAAUAUAUCGUUUCCCACCCAGGACACGGGUGAACGCAGGAUCUGGUGUAAUGGUUUGGGCAGCUGGAGCAAAAGUCCCUCAUAAUCCUCCAAAAGACUUACUGCUGAAGGAAAGUAAUAAAUUUGGAACUGGUCCUGAAUGUACAACAAUCUUGUGUAAGCCCAAUGGACAGGCUGUUGCUUGGUUCACUCCCGCUCCUGGGAACUCAAAGUUAAAGAACCCAUGUAAAGAUGGAGAACAGUUCACAGACUAUGAACAUUCGCUCUCAGCAACCAAUGAUUCUCAACUUAAUUUUCAACUAGACAAGGGAAAGGGAAAGACUUUUGCAAACAUAUGCCACUUUUCGCCCGCAGCCUUACCUAUGACAGAGAAGUGUCCCUCCUUAAAUCUCCCUGCCCGAUGUCCUUGGGGUCAGAGUACAGCUUCUCCUACCCACCCGGAUUUCAGCUUGUCCCGGACACUGUCCAUGGGCAACGCUGGUGGCAGCCAGUGCAGAGACUCCCGCUCACAGUCAGCUCGGCCCGACCCUCUCCCAGGUAACCUAAACUCUGGAUUGAACACUUUAAGCCAGUGCAGAAAAAACUCUUCCAGCAAAAAUGACAAAAAAUCAUCAACAUGCUCUAUUGCACCUCAUCAUCGAGGGGUGCUGUACGUGAAUCCAUCUCCGUCUGUCUCACCUCUACAACAGUUUUACGCCAAGGCUUCUUGCAAUAUCAACGUGCCCAAUCAGGCCUCACCCUGUCCCACAGUCCUCCCUAAUCUUUAAAGUGAAUUUCAGCGAUGUUGCUCUCUUGAAAUUAACACCCUCUGUGAGUCUGUGCAGUUGAAACUUGAAGAAUACCUUGAAACCAACAGAGCAGUGCAGAGUUUAUUUUUUAUAUGAUGAAUUGAUGUUUGAGUUGUUUAUACAAAGGACCUAGCAGUUCAUGCUGCAAUGUCAUCAUGUGUGGUGUUCAAAUGGAAAAUGACCCAGUGUCUGGCUUGAUAAAAAAACAUGUAGUUUUUAACAUGUGACUCAGAAACAAACAAAAGGUGGAAAGGGUGGGGGCUGUGAUGACCUAACAGGAACCCCAGUCAGAAGUUGAAAAACAUGACUUGACACAGCGGUCAGUUCUGCCAGCAGGUGAGGUACCCGGCAGCAGCACAGCUCAAGGCCUAAACACUCAGGAGUUCCCAUUGCCAGGUGGGUGUGGAACACUGGGGUAACUUUAACCUCGGGCAGUGAUGCAAAAUGACUAAUGUUGAAUCAGUAAC